GAAGUCGUGAAAAAUAAAAUGUUUACAACAUCAGCAUCUUCAUUGCAAUGGCGGCGAUACCAUUGAUAUAGUGAAGACUGAUGCACUUGCACGAACAUAUUUAUUUGAUGAAAUUGGUACAGCUCACUGCUCAUCGACGACGAAGACGUAAGAAGGAGAGCAAGCGCACAGCACCUUCACGAUCACGUUCACGACACCUUGACUACUUCGAGUGAAGAAUAGAACUUUAACCUGGGUUUCGUCAUUGGGGUAAAGCAGAGGACUCAGCCGUCGAGUGCAACGCUCCGAAUCAUAAGAAGCAAAGAUGAGUAGACAGUCCGUACCCGUAGCCGAUGUGAGUGAGCGGCGGCGCGCGACAUCGAUAAGAACCUCCUCAAGAACAUGUCGUGCUGCAUCAAGAAUCAACUACGCACUCGGGUGCCUCCUGAACGUGUUCGACGAGAAGGCGAGGUUGAGGACCACGACCUUCUUCAUGUCCUCCCAAGAACUAUCGAGGAGAACAACAAUGUUUGUGGCAGCUGUCGCAUCGGAGAAGCGUCGCCCCCAACGUUCACAUCUUCGGCAAGAACCGCUGCGCGCAGAGUCAGAGACGACAUCUUCUCGCUCCUCUUCGCCAGAUCAUGAGAACGUAGUUCAUGUGGACGUAGACCCGGACGGUGUGAACGAGAAGAUGAAGACAAGGAAUGACGAACAUCAAGAGGAAGAUGAAGAUACUACUUCCUCGCAAGAACUAAAAGUUCCAUCGAUUCACAGCAGGCAUGACAAAAACGGAAAAGUCGAAACAAGAGCAUCUGGCGUUGUUGUAGCACCACUUGGAUCGCCUUCAUCUGUUCCUUGA